AGAUAGAGAAAGCAAGCGAGGGGUCGGCCUCCAUCCGCCGAUGCAAGCCAACCUCAAUCCUCUUCUUCUCUUUGAUCCGUGGAAGAAGCAAAGCAUCCAUCAGAUCUGGGGCGUUGGGGAGCAGUUCUCACCCCGCAAGUCUCACAGGUGAAGUUGCGCAUUCAGUUUCUGAUAUCAGAUUAUUUGGGUGUAGAUGCUAAAAACACAAAUGCGGGCUUAGACGAGAUGAGGGAUGUUAACAAAAUUGAUGAACCUUUUUAAGGCCUGCUGGCAACCAUCUUCAGACAGAUACACCCACACAGAUUCUGAUUUGGCUGGUCGACAGGAUGGGCUUCUAUGGUACAAGGACAGUGGGGAGCAUGUUUAUGGUGAGUUCUCCAUGGCCGUUAUACAAGCAAAUAACUUGCUGGAGGAUCAGAGCCAACUUGAGUCCGGACCUCUCAGCUCACUGGAAUGUGGCCCAUAUGGAACUUUUGUUGGUGUUUAUGAUGGGCAUGGUGGUCCAGAAACUUCUCGAUAUGUCAAUGAUCAUCUCUUUCAGAACAUGAAAAGAUUUGCAACAGAGCAGCAGUCAAUGUCAACUGAUGUAAUAAGAAAGGCAUACCAGUCAACAGAGGAGGGUUUUAUCUCCUUCGUAACCAAACAAUGGCCUGUGAAGCCUCAGAUUGCGGCUGUAGGCUCAUGUUGUCUGGUUGGGGUGAUAUGUGGCAGUACACUUUAUAUAGCUAAUGUUGGUGACUCCCGCGCUGUUUUAGGAAGAGGUGUGAAAGCAACUGGAGAAGUUUUGGCUGUGCAAUUGUCAGCGGAACACAAUGUAGCAAUUGAAUCUGUGAGACAAGAAUUGCAUUCGAUGCAUCCUGAUGAUAAACAAAUUGUUGUUUUAAAGCAUAAUGUAUGGCGUGUAAAGGGCAUAAUCCAGAUCUCCAGGUCAAUUGGUGAUGUAUAUCUAAAAAAGGCUGAAUUUAACUGUGAACCAUUGCAUGUAAAAUUCAGGCUUCGAGAGCCAUUCAAGAAGCCUAUACUGAGUGCAGAACCAUCAAUUAUUGUGCAACCACUACAACCUCAAGAUCAGUUCCUUAUAUUUGCAUCUGAUGGGCUCUGGGAGCAUCUUAGUAAUCAAGAAGCUGUUAAUAUUGUCCAAAACAACCCUCGAAAUGGGAGUGCUCGGAGACUCAUCAAAGCUGCGUUACAAGAAGCUGCAAAGAAACGUGAGAUGAGGUACUCGGAUCUCAAGAAGAUCGACCGCGGAGUUCGUCGACAUUUCCAUGAUGACAUAACUGUAAUAGUCGUAUUCCUUGACUCGGAUCUUGUUAGCAGAGCCAGCUCACUCAAGGGACCCUCCUUUUCUGUACGAGGUGGCGGCAUCAAUACCCGAGCACAUUCUCUUGCUCCCUCCACAAUACCGACAGAAGAUCUUGCUAGCUUGUAGGUAGAUCCUUCUUGUUCUAUUCACUGAAAUGUACCAAAUCAAAACAGGCCAGCCUUCUUUACCUGCCUAUCAAACAAGCAAAGGGUGAACUUCCUCAGCGACUUCACACGGUAACCGAAUAUAGACCUUGGAGGGUGUAAUACUUAGCCAAGGAGGAGCUCUAAAAGAUAACAACUUUUUGCUAAUUUCAAAACUUUGUUCAGGUUAUACUUUGAAUUUAUCAUGUAUCAUUUUUUUGACCCACUCUUUUCACUUGUUCUAGUAUCUUUAAUUCAAUCAGCUACUGGAUGCCCCCACAAUAGAUACAAGGGUAUGUUCAAAUCACCUUUUAAACCUCUUGCUACGUCUUUACCUCUGAUAUCA